AAGGUUGCGAUUGGUCCAAAGGGCUGGUCAUAGAAGGAUUUCUCGGUUAUAAAAAAAAAAUGGUGGAGAGGAUGUGGAAAAUGUUUUGAGGGACAAUUGUGUCUUUAUUUAUGCUAAAGAGUGUAUUAGUUAUACAUACCUUAAUACCAAAUAGAGUGUAUAAUUAAUACUUGCAUUAGUUAUACAUAGGUUGAAAAAGUAUACCAAACAAGGUACUAGUAAUACACGAUGCUAAUGCAUGCAUUAUUUUUUCUAAUGCACUCUAUCAAACAACCUCUUAGUGAAUAUACUUUUAUUGAUAGAAUCUACAAUAGGGGACAAGAUAGAGAAAGCGAAGAGAAUUGGCUGGUGAGAUAAAAGUACCAAAUUUGUGUGAUAUUUCAGAAUUUCCAAGUAAAAGAGGAAAUAUGUAUCUAUUUCAAACAGUCAUAAAUGCAUGCAGAGAAUACAAGAGAGCAAAGGAGGGGGGUGGAUACUUAAAAUCUCAACAACUUUCCUAUUAUCAGUAUGUAUAAAUAAAUGUGAGUUUACGACAGGCCAUAGGAUAGAGAACAUUGUUUGUUCUGAUGUCGCAGUCGGUGGAAGAACAGCCAUCUUACGGUGUUUCUGGCCGCCGAUGCGCGGUAUGUUUCACCACUCGCCCCUUCAUCCUCCACCUUCUCCUCUACAGAGGUCUCCAACACCAUCUUUGCACCGCCUGCGUACUGGACUCCCACCCCGGUUCUUUCUGUCCCACCUGCUUCGAUGUCUUCCUCCACAACCCUCCUCCCCCUCACCUCCGUCUCCUAUGCAAAAAAUGCCCCUCUAUCUCACACCUCUCUUGUGUCCCUGAUGUUGCUUCCGCCUCCGAUGAUUACUUGUGCCCUCCUUGUUCUAACCCUAAUUUCACCUUCUUCUGUGUUACUCCCAAUCAUGCUAAUAAUGCCAUUGAAAUUAACCCCCAUUUGGCUAAACAGUUGGUUGCCGCUGCUACCAUUGCUUCUGAGUCGAUCCACAAUGCUGCCGUUAUGGCCAGGUAUAAUGCAGAGAUUAGGGUCAAGGAAGCUGUGGAAGCUAAGGCUGAAGCUGCUGAAGUUUUGAGAAGGUUCAAUAAUCUGUUGGACAACUAUGGUCAUCAGAUUGGUAACGAUACGGGGGAAAACAAGAUACAUGAAGCAAAAGGAUGCUCCUCUCAAUCUCCAGAUGCAGAUGAUGAUACCCUUGUUGAUUAGCUUAAUUAGUUACAAUUCUAAAUCAAUGUUAAGAGUUUUCUUGUUCUUUUUCUGUUAUGUGGCAGCUGGUAUCUUGCAACUUCACUCUAUUUUGAAUGCUUGGCUAUUCAAGGGCUGCUUUUGGCGAAUAGAGGAAUUGGAAUUAUUCAA